GCUGUGUGAUCGCAGUGCGUGCGCGUUUGUGUGGCGCUGCGUGAACGCAGUGUGUGCACGCUGCGCUCUGUUAACCUGCCUGUUGGGGCAGCCAAGCAGGAGGUCGCCCGCCCCAGUUCUGCCAAUGCCUUCGAGCUCCUGCAGGGCCCGGGCAGCCUAGGCAUCAGCGAGGGUGAAACCAGAGCCAGUCGGGACUUGGGGGACCGGGACUGGGCCUGGGGCCUUGGAGGACGGGCUCCUCGGGAGAGUGGCCCAGUGAGGCAGCUUUGGAUUGAGGCUUCGGACCCUCCUCUGGCGCAGCCUUAAAACGGUGCGGAGUAGGGCCGGACCUGGGACUCAGCAGCUUGUCUAAAAGAAACAUGAAGUUGGGGACGUGGCUUGGGGACGUCGCUUGGAUCAGACCAGAUGCCCCCCACCCACCCCGCCAAUGCAGGGGCCCGGGGAGCAGCGCGGGUUCAGCGUCUGGAAGACGCAGACCUGAGGACCCCGCCGGGCACUGGCUGCAGCAAGGCGGCCAUGCUGGACUCCCGGCCCACCGUUCCCACUGUUGGGCAGCAGCUGAACCCGGAAGUGACAGCCAGGAAGUUCUGGAGAGGCCUCAGCCUGAUCCGCGUGCUGUGGUGCCUGCUCCCGCAGACGGGCUACGUGCACCCGGAUGAGUUCUUCCAGUCGCCGGAGGUCAUGGCAGAGGACAUCCUGGGCGUGCAGGCCACGCGGCCCUGGGAGUUCUACGCCAGCAGCUCCUGCCGCACUGCGGUCUUCCCCCUGCUGACUUCCGGCUCUGCCUUCUGGGUACUCCGGCUCUGGGAGGAGCUGGGGCCGUGGCCGGGCCACGUGAGUGGCUACGCACUGUUGGUAGGACCCCGGCUCCUCCUCACAGCCCUCUCCUUUGCCCUGGACCGGGCCGUGUUCCACCUGGCCCCGCUGUGGGGCGCAGAUCGCUGGCGCGCCCUGGCCCUGCUGUCCGGGUCCUACGUCACCCUGGUGUUCUACACCAGGACCUUCUCCAAUGCCAUCGAGGGGCUUCUCUUCACAUGGCUGUUGGUGCUCGUGUCCCCUCACCUGGCAUGGUGCCUCACGCCCAAGAAACCUGCCCCAGACCCGUGGUGGCACAGCUGGCUUCUUGGGGCUGUGCUGGCUGCUGGCUUCUUCAACCGGCCCACAUUCCUGGCCUUUGCACUGGUCCCCCUUCUCCUCUGGGGCCAGCGUGGAGCCAGGCAGCCCAGCUUUAAGUCCCUGGCCCAGGAGGGCCUGGCGCUACUCCCUGGGGCAGCCCUCGCCACAGGAGGCUUUGUGGCUGUGGACAGCUGGUACUUCUCCAGCCUCUCCAGGUCUAGCAGCCUGGUCUUCACACCUGCCAACUUCCUGCGCUACAACCUGGAUCCCCAAAACCUUGCCAGGCACGGCACACACGCACGGCUCACCCACCUGGCCAUCAAUGGCUUCCUGCUCUUCGGCAUGCUGCACGCCCAGGCACUGCAGGCCGUGUGGCAGCAGCUGCAAGUGGCCCUCCGGGUAUGGGCACAGACAGGCCUUGUGAGGGUGCCGGGUACCCGGACCUUGCUGUCCAACCCCCACACAUCCCUCCUUCUCCUCUACUUCGUGCCCCUGGCCCUGCUGUCUGCCUUCAGUCACCAGGAGGCUCGGUUCCUCAUCCCCCUCCUCAUCCCCCUAGUCCUGCUAUGCAGCCCAAGGACCCACCCUGUGCCCUGGAAGGGCACCCUGGUCCUCUUCAAUGUCCUGGGAGCCCUCUUCUUCGGCUGCCUGCAUCAGGGAGGCCUGGUGCCCGGCCUGAGGGUCCUCGAGCAGGUGGUCCAUGCCCCCGUGCGCCCCGGCCUGCCGACCCACUACACACUUGUCUUCACUCGCACCUACAUGCCGCCCCAGCACCUCCUGCACCUCCCGGGCCUCCAGUCACCCGUGGAGGUGGUGGACAUGGGUGGGACUGAGGACUGGGUCCUGUGCCAAGCCGUGAAGAACUUCACCAGACAGCCCGCUUGCCAGGUGGCUGGUGGGCCGUGGCUCUGCCGCCUCUUUGUGGUGAUGCCCGGGACCACCAGGCACGUCAUGGAGAAGUGCCGCUUCCCCCUCAAGAACGAGACGCUCGUGUUUCCCCACCUGACCCUGGAGGACCCACCAGGCCUGUCCUCCCUGCUGAGUGGGGAUUGGAGGGACCACCUUAGCUUGCAUAUCAUGGAGCUGGAGGAGACGCCUGAUGGUACAUAGCAGUCACUGCCCAAGGCGUGGCCGCAGAAGGGCCCCUCCAGCUGGGCUGGACGUGGGACAGGGCCCUGGUCCCCUGCAUUCCCACUGCCUUCUCUCCCAGGCAUGGCUAUUGGUUGUUUUGCCUUCUGGGUGAGCCCAUGCUCUUCUCAGACACCACAGACCAGACCUGUGACAGUCCUGAUGCUAAGGUCCCCGAAGAACCCUGAUGUAACCAAUGGCACUUAAUGUCUGUCCCUAACCUAUUGCUUCCAGAUACUGUUAAUGUGUUAAAUAUAUAGUAGCAACUGGUUGUGAAAAAAAGUCAAUAAACUGCUGAUGACAUUCCUGAGUGA